ACAGAGACAGCACAAAGAGAUAGUGGGAGCCAGGAGAUACAGCCAGCUGAAGCAUCCCUGUUCCCUCGAACAAACAGCCUCCUCACAGACACAACACCAAACCUUAAGACUGAUCAACAAGAUCGACUGGAGGCGAUACAUCCGAGACAGGUCUUCCCACAGCAGAGAUGAAGCCAGUGUGUACCGUCCUGGAGAAACGUAACAGUGUGGUGGUGGGAGCUGAGCUGACCUGCAGCGUACAGGAAGAAAACAAGGCUCAUAGGGAGAGCUACAGCGCUGACUGGCGUAGUGUCAGUCUCAAGACUCGACCUCAGGACAGGCAGACAAUGAACAUGAAUGAUGACUCUCGUAGGGAGACACUGUCCCGGCAGUGGCAGGCCCGUUCGCUGAAGCAGACCUGCCCAUCUGGUGUCUUCAGAGUGGGCACAGUGGAAAGAGGGGUGAGGGAGCACCAGUUGCUGCCAAAGAGAAAAACCCUCCCCUUGCCCAUCUUCACCCCCGCAGAGCUGGGUGUCAGGCUUGGACGUGGAGCCCCACACACCGAGGAGGACAUGCAGCCCUUCGCCAUCCCAGACGGAGCCUGUCCCAACAAGAAGACCGUGGACGAGAUCACAAGAGACCUCCCCCCAGUCAAGCCAACACUUAUGGAGUUCUUCAAAGCACCCAAAGACCUUGGGCGCUCCAUGUCUCAAGAGGCCCAGAGAGGGUGAAAAAAAGAAGCGAAAGAUGGGAUGUCAAGGAGAGACAAGUUGGGUGACGAUUGGGAAAGAUUAUUCAUUGAGCUGUGUGUGUCAGGAAAGAGCAUGACAAGAUAUAUAUAGAUUUAUCUCUAGUGACAUUCAUCAAAAACCUUAAAUACUGUAGAUCUCUAGCACUAUCUGUGUUUCUUGGCGAGCACAGCACCAGUCAUUGUUGGCUUGUGCCGGUCAGUGGUAUUAGAAAUGGUAAUGUGAAGGCAUUUGCAUUGUGAUGGUGAGGAGGGGUGUGUGUUCUCAGCUGUGUCAUGGGCUGAUCUCUGCCUGUGCUGGCCAGCUGGUCUCACCAUAUCUGCCGAUCUCUCUGUGGAACAAUUUCUUAACCACUCUGCAUACAAUUAGUUUUGUCUCUAUUUUGUAAUGAAUAGUGCAAAUAUCCUGGUAAAUGAAAGUGUUCUUGAGGUUAUCAGAUUGAAGGACUAUACCUGUAGUAGGUGGUGAAGGGAUGCAAUGACGCAGAAAGUGACAGAUGGAAAGAUGGGCGAGGGAGAGGGGAGGGGUGAGGGGUUGUUGGAACAUGCCGUGAUGUUGGUCAGUCUCUGAUCUCCAUGAAGAGCACAGAAUGUUUUGGCGUGAUCAGACACAGCAGUUGUACAUAAUGUGUGUGUGUGUGUGUUGGCUGACACCUCUAACCAAGAGGACUGAAACUAAUAACCUUAUGUAGUAAGUGAUCUGCCUUGUUAGUUGAGUGUGCAGCUCAUAUAUAUAUAUAUAUAUAUGUAUCGUAUAUGCUGUAUAUCUGAUAGAAGAACAGAUGAGCAUGAGAAUAGUGUUGUGAAUGAAUUUGAAAUGUGUGCAAUCAUGUUGAAAUAUUUUCCCUAGAUAUUUAUAUUUUAUAAUAAAAGCCAAGCUGCUCUUCA